CCUUGUAUUCUGCUUAAGACACAAUCAUUCUCAGGUUGUUUUAGGAAUGUCCCUCCCUUUAAUUUUGUUGGCUACUACCCACAGCAGUAAUGAAAGGCUGUGACUGUACAUUGAAACCUUUCAGAGGCAAGCCUAACAGUGCACCUGUGCUUUGUGAAGUAGGAGGUACUGGAGAUGCUUGGUAAAUAACUAAUGGCAUGAACAGAACUGCACCUACAAGUAUUGCCGACUAGGAUGUGGCUUUGGUUUCUGAUAGGAGGGGGGAAGAGAGGAGACGUGGGAGAUUAAAAAUGAGCUGGAUCCCUGUCGUGUUCUAAGUAUGUGGAUGCACAUAAAUAUUACACAAACUUGUCAUGUGGUUAAGAGACCGUAAAGCUGUCCUCACCCUCAUUUUUCUUCUGCUCCAAAUAACGACCCCUCUUUGCUCACCUUUCCUUGAAAACCGACGUGUGAUUGCAGGAAUAGGAAGAGGUAAGCUUGAAUACCUUGAACUCCUGUCUUUUUAAACAAUUGAAUGCAUAUAGCCAAAAACUGGCAUCAGCGAGCACGGCAGCUGCAGCACGUUCCAAAUAUUGCUCUAUUUAAAGCAUCCCAAGGCUCACAAGAACAACGGCAGAGGCAAACCUUAAAUCUUGUCAAUAAAACCAGCGGAGGGAGGAAUGGCAGAACCAGCCCCAGUCCCGCUUUCCCGUCUCGUGGUCCCUAUUCUCCUUGCAGUUGGCUGGAUCGUGGGUUGUGCCCUGAUGGUUUACAUCGUCUUCUCCUGACAGCAGACGGAAGAAUUUCCAAUGAUGUUGACUGGAAGAACCUGAAAGUUAAAUUGGAAUGCCGAUGACAAAAAUAUGUAUAAAAUGAGUUAUUUUUAAUAUCAACGCUAGAUGUGGUGUAUACUUUUUAUCUGCAGCAAAGGUGUGAAAUGCUAGUUAGGAAGAAUCAUUAAACCAAUUUCCUGAUUUUCAAA